ACGCGCGAAAAGUCACGUUACUCCAUUUUAACCUCUUGCAACUAGUGAAGUGUCAAAGUCUGUCAACACUUGAAUAUUUUGAUAAUGGAUCCCCAGAGAUAGUCGUCUAUCAAUACACCAUGAACAGUGGCAGUACUGCAGAAGUUUCCCAUAACGGCGAUAGCAACGUUGCAGCUGCUGAGACAGUAUGGCGAGUCAUAAACAAUCCUCUCGUGGCAAUAUUGUCCGAUCUCAAAGACCCCACGGCAGAGAGAACGAUCCAAGUAAUCUUGGAUUCCAUUUUACGAGGGUCUGCAAACCUGACUAAUAUUUUAGUACCUCCUCAAGGAGUUGGAGAAAACUAUGACAACAUUCAGAAACAAUACACAGCUUUUACAACAUGGCUUUUUGGAACCAUGUUUUACAUAUCCAGCGCGCCAUUCGGUAAAGAAGUUCUGGCUAGCAGUUUGGAAGUUCAGACUUGUAUGCUGCGCAUAUUGGCACGACAUUAUAUUGUUAAUUUUGAUGUAGUAUCUUCUGAACUAAUAGAUAUUCUUUAUGAAAUAUUAGCGUUCGAAGAAACUUGCACACCUGGUGAACACAUAAGGCUUGCAAAGUUUCACACUGAACCCGGUGUCAUUCAAAACUUAGAACUUGUAUCCUCACCUCUAUGUAUACAAGAAAACAGACUGCAUUUGAUACAGAUUUCCAUAACAAAGGUGAUCCUUGAAACUGGUGUUGCUUUGUGGAACCAGACAAGGUUGUGGGAUAUCAGCCUUAAAAUGAUGGUGAAUUCUGCUCCAGACAUUAAAUUUAUGGCACUUGAAAUUUUCACGCAGAUUAUUGAGCGGUCGAUAAUAACACCUACGGAACAAUACGAAGUUAUCAUGCGAAUCACAGAAAUUGUUAAACUCAUUCCUACCUGGAAAAGUCUCGGCAAAUUAUCGCCUGAAGUGGAUACAAAUUGGGUAGAAAAGUUUAUCAAUUUCAUCGGCGUCAUUGAUUGCUCUCCAUCUGUAACAAGUCUGUGCUUUGACAUACUCGAUUUAACAAUAUUCAAUAACUUGAAUGGCUUUGAGAGUCUAACAAAAGCAGCCUGUUCAAAAAUCACAAGCUACUUGAAGGAUAAUCCCAUGAUUUUUACGCCAGAAGAAAUAACCAGAUGUGCUAAAUAUUUAAAAAAUUGGCCCGGUUUUCUUGAGGUCAUGCAACCCAUGGUGUUGAACGAACUCAUGAAUUCCAGUCCUACUCAACGACCGAGUAUCAGUCCGUCCAGCAAGAUGUGGAAUGUUUUAUUAAACAUUUUCCUCGAUAAACUGUCGGAAAAAAAAUUUGACGAUACUCUCAAUAUCCUGAAGUGUUCGAGCUGGUUGGAUUCUUGUUUAGCCCAAUCGAAUAAGGAAGGCGUUUUUUACGGGGCUGAGAUAAAACGCGUAGCCGCAACCUUCGUUAAAGAACUUGAUUCGAAAUCAGACGUGGAUACCGUCAUAAUUUUCGAGAAUAUCAUUCAAUUGUGCAGACACAGCGAAUUCAAGAAUACAGAACUCAACAACGUUCUGUUAGAGUCUCUGCCUCGCAUCGGUUCCUCUUCCACAAAGUUAUCCAAGCAAAUCGUCGCUGCUUGCCAAUCUCUGGAUAUGGUUACAAGAAUAAAGUGUUUGGAUACACUCUGCGAAUUCGGUGAUAGCGAAAAACGUAUUCCGUUGAUCAAAGCUUGCGUUACUAGCGGCAGUAUCGAAUUGGCAGUUGCUGGUAUUCGUAAUCUCAUGUUCGCUGUGGGAAUGGGAAAAGGAUAUUCUCUGGGUUUGAUUCUGGAAAUACUGAGUCUGGCCGCAGCUUCGGGAAACGAAGAGCUGCGGCUCACAGCCUCAAAGUAUACGGGUGGACUGCUGUGCUUACUUUCUGGAUCUGGAAUAGUCAAAAAAAUUUUUCGACAAGAAGACGCCGAAGCCGCGUGGACGAUAAAUUGUGUAGAUUGCGACGAAUCGACCGUCUCUGAGCAUUCCGAGAAAAAAACUGUACCUCCCGAAGUUGAGAGAUUUCUGAGCUUACAGUUUCAAUUUUUUCCAAAGAUGUCAGCUAAUCAGCGUUUACUCGUAUCUCAUACUUUUCCGUCAUUUUCGAACCACACGAAGUUCUUCAAGAGCAACGCAGCUGCAAAAGUCUGGCUACCGUUCAUCAAGGAUGAAAAUCACAAAGUCCGGGCAAACGUUGGAAAAGCCAUCAUAUCUGUGAUCGAAGACAAAGUGAAAUCACAGAAACCGUCUCCAAAAAUAUCACAAGAUUUCAAAGAGUUUCAAGCAUUGGUACUCGAGACAUUGACGGUAGCGCUAGAAGCUGUUCUAGAAUCUCCAGAUCUCAAUUUACACAUUCUGAUAAUUGAAAUCGCCCAGAAAAUUGCCAGUUUCAGGGACCAUCUUCACCUCAUGGAACAAUCGAUGCUCAACAUAUUUCUACUGACGAUUCUCCACACGAAUUCAAAUUCCAUAGCCGUUUCAACGGCCGUUGCCGCUUUCCAGGAAAUUUCCGCCUGCAACGAAACGACCCCGAAGCUUUUAUACCAUCGCUAUAAAAAGGGGUUUUUGGACCUGAUGAUAGACGUGGCUGUUCGUAAUUGCGUCAAUCACGGCUACAAUUUAGCGAGCUCCUUUCACAGGGCCGCGAAAUGUGUGGGAUAUCAGGGCUCCCGUCAACUUUUGCACAAAGAUGCAAACUACGCUCUUUGCACCCUCAUCCCUUGGGUCGUGAGACACCCGCAAGUCAGGACUCUCUGCAGCGACAUGGCUGACCUUAUUACAAAAGACGAGAAGGACAUGUUCAUCGAGUACUUUCAGUACAUUUGUCCUCACGUGUUGCUCACCGAGGAUGAACAAAUUGCCAAGGAAUGUUUCCUUCUGGUGGAAAAUAUCACGAACAUCAGCGUCUGCGAUCUGAUGCGCAGAUCAUUUAUGGGUAUAUUCAGCGAGUUGAUGCUCCAUUUUCAUUUACGGACGAUCGACGUUAUCAAUCAUCUAGAAGUCUUGUCCCAGUUCGACAUGGAAUACGAGGGGAAAUUCGACACGCGUGAAAACAUCGCAGCUUAUCUCAAACCAAGACUCCACGGAGUUCUGGUCAAUCUGGACAGCAAUCUCAGUGCAAGAUCCGAUCAAUCGGUCCAGCAGCUGGCCUUGGGAUCGCUGUCUGUUCUCAUGGAAUUCAUGGGACCGAUCCAUCUCACCCCUUUGCGAUUCAAAGUCCUCGGGACUCUGCGUACAUCCCUGAAUUUCAACAGACCUGGAUUUCAGCAAUUGAUUUGCGACGCCUGGGAUUCUUUUUUGCACAAUAUAUCGGUGGAAGACUUGGGUCCGUUGAUUCCAACGAUAUUCAUAUCGCUUGCAACACUUCUCGAACGUUGUCCCGAGGAAACGAGCGCUAUGAUGGAGUAUCUGGUGAUCAAAUGCGAGAAAGAAGCAACCGGAUUCAUAUCUGAGCUAUUUUUUAUAGACGAUUUGAAUGUCCCCGAAAAAAUCGUUGCGGUCGUCAAACGCCACAUACGGGAAGCGCGGCCCCACAGUUUCGAGGAUAAUUUGAGCAUGUGGUUGAAACGGACUACGCACGAAACGCACGAAAUACGUUUGAAGGCUCUGAUUUAUAUGAAAAAAUUCUUGGCCGACUCCCGCAGUCCUCUGAACGAGAUGAUACUGAGCGGGAGCGUCGUUCAUCCGCUCAUUGUUCAGCUUCUCGACACUCUGUUGGUCGGCUGUCGAGACAAAGAUGAAAACGUUCGACUAGCCUCCGGAGAAUGCCUAGGAGAAUUGGGCGCUGUCGAACCAAGUCUCUUACCCCGAAGGAUACAGUCGAAAGAUGAUGCGAAUUUCAUAUUUGAAAUAAAUGUAGACUUCGCUUGCCUCGCUCUCACCUAUUUAGUUCGAGCAUUCCAGUCGCAGAAAAACACCCAGAGCAUGGGCUGUUUCGCUUUGGCUAUACAAGAAAUUCUGAAGACUUACAGCAUAUCUCCGGACGGUGAUAACAGAGAAUACUGGGAGCAGUUCCCGAAUACGGUUCAGCAAAUGAUACAUCCUUUCUUGAGCUCUCAUUACAAAAUCACCGCUAUCAAAGACGACAAUGAAUAUCCGCAUCCCAUCUACGGUUCUGAGGAGGGAUCAACGUUCGACAAGUGGUCUUACAACUGGAUGUGCAGUAUGUCCGACAGCGUUCACGAAUCGACGUUGAAAAAUAUGAUAGCAGCUUGCAGGCCGGCUUUCCGACGAGACGUCAAAACUCUGAUAUUAUUCAUCCCUUACGUCGUAUCACACAUUGUGGCCAACGGAAACCAGGAAGAAUGCGUAAAAAUAGGGGAGGAAAUGUUAGCUGUAAUAAAUGUCAGCGAGCAGACAUCCGUUGACAAGGAACUCCUUGACCGAAGACCGCUUCGCUAUCAAUCGGAAUCGACUACCCACAGCACCAGGAUCUCCGACGAGGACAAACGAAUUCAUUGUUCUCAGGUCGUUUUCUCGAUUCUCGAUCACUUGCAAAGAUGGUUACGAGAAAGGCGGUUGAACAAGGACCAGAAAUACCAGUUCAUAAAAUCUUUCUGCGAGACCUUCAACAGCCUGGCCCUGGCGAAAGGUUGUUACCGAACGCAAGAAUAUCACCGGGCGUUGAUGUACCUGGAGGAUCACAUGGUCUCCAGUAAUCAAGGACUCACAGAAUCCAUGGAAACUAGUUUACUCGCGAAAAUAUACGCCCAGCUCGAAGAGCCCGACGGUAUUUCGGGUAUCCUCGCGACUCAGGACGAAGUCCCGACUCUGCAGCAACUGGUACUGGCUCACGAAGUCAGCGGGCAACUGCAAGACGCUGCCACCUGCUACGAGAGAUUAGCUCAAGGUCAAAAGGUGAAGCCAAAAUAUCUGCAAGGUAUGGUGCAGUGUUACAUCGGUCUCGAUCAUCCGUUCACCGCGACCAAUAUCACCGAGGGAAUUCUCAACAACAGGCCCGAAUUGGGACCCCUGAUAGCGGAUGAGGAGGUUUUCUGGCGCUUAUCGGAUUUCUCGCAGCUGGACGACAUGGCGAGAAACACGGCGAAGAAAUCGCUGCUCGACGGACUGGCCACCGGACAACCGCCCGAUUUUCUACCGAUCAAAAGGAGGCUCGUCUCUCUCCUGGGUGCAGCGGCCCGACAAGGUGCCUACCAGCAAAGCUAUCCCCAAAUAAUGAAGUUGCACAUACUGAACGAAUUCGAAAAAGCCAUUUCCAAAAUGCUCGUCGAUCCCGAACAACUGCCGUCGAUAUUCAAAGAGUGGGAGAUGCGGGGGGAACUCGUCAGAGCUUCGCGCGGCGUCGAGGCCGUUCUCAGUAUGCGGAGGGCGACCCUCGACCUAGCCGUUCAACUCCAACGGCAGACUACGGGCCUCGAAAAUUCCACGUUGAAACAGGAGAUCGGCAAGAUAUGGCUGAAAAGCGCGAAAAUAGCGAGGAAAUCGCGGUUGUACCAGCAGGCGUACAUGUACAUUUUGUCCGCGAGCGAGAACUGCCCGCCUCAAGAAUUGUACAUAGAACAGGCACAGCUGUACUGGCAAAAGGGAUGCCAGGAGGAAGCCUUCACCACCCUCAAGAGAUGCUUCGCCAAUUGUUUCCAACCCUCCGCUCAUUACAAACAGAUGCCACCGGAUACAUGCGUGGAAGAGAGGAGACAGUGCGCCAGGGCCAAACUCCUGUACGCUAAAUAUAACGACGAAACGUUGAACGUUGACACGGAUGGUAAUAUUUGCAACUACAAAGAGGCCAUCGAGGUUUGGAGGGUAUGGGAAAAAAGUUUACUAUCUUGCGCUCGUUACUUCGAGUCGAUCGUCCACAGGAUGACCCACGACGACAGGGACACCAAGAGCGGAAGGGAUUUGCAAGUUCACAUGAUGAAUUAUUACGGCAAAUCGUUGCAGUACGGGUGCAAAUACGUUCAUCAGUCGAUGCCUAGAAUGCUCACGAUCUGGCUGGAUUACGCGUCUCGUGUCCAAGCAGCGAGCGGUGAUACGAGGACUCGUCAGGAGACUCUUGUGAAAAUGACGAAGCUCGUCGAGGUGUACCUGGAAAGACUUCCCACGUUUAUGUGGCUAACGGCUUUCAGCCAAUUAGUAUCGAGGAUUUGUCAUCCGUGCCGUGAAGUGCAGAACACAUUGUGCUCGAUUUUGGUUAAACUGAUAUCCGCUUAUCCUCAACAUUGCUUGUGGAUGAUGGGCUCCGUUUUCAAGUCCUCUUAUCCCGUCAGGCAAAAACGAUGCCAGGAAAUCUUCAAUCACCCAACCCUGCAGUCCCCACAACACACCAAGUUGAUACAAGACUUGAACAGGCUUUGGGAGCGACUCAUAGAGCUGUCCAACAAAGCCAUACCUGAAGGCACCAAGACCACGAGCGUUUCAUCCCUUUCCAAGUACUUGCCGAGGUUGUUGGCGUCCUCGGAUUUCGGUGAAAUCAUGAUACCCACCACGAGAUUCAGGCAGCUUCAUCUACCUUCGAAAGUCACGCCGUCCGAUGCCCACGAUCCCUUUCCAACGCAAUGGGCCCAUAUCGUCGGCAUCGACGACAAGGUGGUAGUGAUGCCGUCGCUCCAAAGACCGCGAAGGAUAGCGCUACGCGGAUCGGACGGCAGGGAAUACCUGUUCAUGUGCAAACCGAAGGACGAUCUGCGACGCGACUUCAGACUCAUGGAGUUCAACGACAUCGUCAACAAGUACCUGCAAAAGGAUCCCGAGUCACGUCAGAGGCGACUCUACAUUCGCACAUACAGCGUCGUCCCGUUGAACGAGGAAUGCGGACUGAUAGAAUGGAUUCAUAACUUGGUCGGAUUUCGACCGAUACUUUUGGAAUUUUACAAAGAACGGGGCACCUACAUGACCGCGCGAGAACUGAAAGCGAGGACGUGCGGUCUGCAGGAGCCCUUGGAGAAGAAGCGUCGAGUCUUUCUCGAGGUACUUUUGCCCCGGCAUCCCCCGGUGCUCGGCGAAUGGUUCCGUCUAACGUUCCCCGAUCCUUACGGAUGGUACGAGGCGCGAACGGCGUACAUCAGGACUACGGCGGUGAUGUCGAUGGUCGGCUACAUACUGGGCCUGGGCGAUCGUCACGGUGAAAAUAUUCUGUUCGACUCGAAGUGCGGCGACUGCGUCCACGUGGAUUUCAACUGUUUGUUCAACAGGGGUGAAUUUUUCGACUGGCCGGAACGCGUCCCUUUCCGUCUGACGAACAACAUGGUCGAGGCCAUGGGGCCGUUGAAGUUCGAAGGACCGUUCAGAAGGUCAUGCCAGACCACCAUGAGAGUCCUGAGGGAGCAGGCGACCACGUUGGUCAGCGUCCUCACCCCCUUCGUCUACGACCCUUUGGUCAGUUGGAACAAACGACAGCCGGACGCGGGAGAGAAGACAAACGAAAAAGCGGUGGAGCACAUAAAAAAUAUCGAACAGCGUUUGAAGGGUCUGCUGAGAUCCCAGGGAAAAAAGUUGGAGAAUAUCGCUCUGAAUCUGAGCGUGGAGGGGCAGACCAAUCACCUCAUUCUCGAAGCAACGAACGUCGAUAACCUCUGCCAAAUGUACAUGGGAUGGGGACCUUACUUGUGAAUAAUUUUCUACCGGUUCAACAGCGAGUAUUCGCGUCGUUGAGAACGACCUCGACGCAUCGAGGAGGAUCUUUUUUUUUUUACCUGACACAUUGAUAAACGAAAAUAAAUUACAGCGUUUUCUUACAA